UUUAUCCUAUUUAGAAGAGUUUAUUGCUAAUGUGCAUACCAUAUUAGUAAACAACAAGGAAAAAAAGUUGAUUUUAAUAGGAAGCGAAUCUGAUCAGUUAGCAGACGAGUUUAAAAGUUUGAAUAUUUAUGGAACUGAAAUGCUGCAGGACGAGUCAUCUUUUGAUUGUUUAAGCCACGAAUCUCAACGUGAACUAUUAAAACAACCCGUUAGCUUUCAAGGAAAAAAGAUGGCGAUUAAUCAACUGAUCGGUUUAGAAUGUGCUAGGAAAAUUAUUAAUGAAACACGUUUAGAUGAUCUUAUUAAUGGGAAAGUGAUUAGUGUGGGAGAUGAAAAGGCUUUCAAGUUUGUGGAUUGUGCUUUUGACUAUUAUGUGCCACGAUCGUUGCAUAUGCAGAAGCUUAAAAAAAGUGUAUUUGACAUAAAAGAAUGUCUUUUCUUUCUUACUUGCGAUAGUAAUAGUAGUAUAUACCCUUUUAUCGAAAAUAUUCCCGCAUACGAAUGGAUCGAAGGAACUAUUUAUUCUUGUGGAAUCAUAUAUACAAAACAAAGCGAUGACCCUAUUCAAAUUUUUGAUAAACUUUGUACUAGCCAUCCACAAUUGACAGUUCACUGGAUACAUCAAAUUCAAAAUGAUUUAUUUUGGAAAAUGUCGACAGAUGAUUUUUAUGAAAUGCAAAAGUGUGUACAAUUGGGAUAUGACCUAACUGACGACCAAUUAUUUACAGAAGAAAUUUUUGUUAAGGAAUUUUUAAGUACAGUUGUGGUAAUUGCCAACGACCCCGGAACAGGAAAAUCUACACUUUUAACAAGUAUCGGUAACAGUCUGAAAACGAAUCAUAAUAAGUGGUGGAUUGCGAGAAUUAACUUAAACGAUUACGCAUUUGAGAACGAAUUACUACGUUCUGACGAUCUCAGAAAAUACACGAGAAAUUUAAAUGAAAUCCAUGAAAAUAUCAAUACUCAAGAAGCCAUUGAUAUUAUAUCUGAAAUGAUAAUUCCUCGAAGUCCUUUAAUAUCAAAUAGUGAUUUUCAAAGAGAUAUUUUUAAGGAAGGUCUUCGAAAUGGUAACGCGGAACAAAUUACUCCAAAAAUUGUAAUUCUUUUUGAUGGUUUUGAUGAAAUCAGUCCUCACUAUAAAGAAAAAACUGCAAAGCUUAUCACAGAAAUUAGCAAGACAAAUAUUCAAAACAUUUGGAUUACGACUAGAAUGAACGAAAAGGAUUUUCUUGAACGAGCAUUUUCUGCGCCGGCGUUUAUGUUAAGUCCGCUUAACGAACUGCAGCAAAUUAAUUUAUUGAUGGAUUUUUGGAAACUGGAAAUUAAACAUAAAUUCGAAGAGGCUCGUGUUAAAAACACAAUUGAAACAGAAAUAGAAAAAUACGUAACUAUAAUUCAAAAGAAAUUAUUAUACAAUGAACAUCAUGGAGAUUCGUUAAUUUCCAUUCAGUGUGCAGAUGAUAUAUUUACUGUUUUCAACUUUAUGCAGUUUGCACGUCAACUAGUGGAACAAUGGAAAGUUUCACUUAAGGAAUAUUAUAUAUAUAGUAGAGACACAGCAUUUACAAAUAAUCCUCUUCAACUAAGAAUGUUGGCUGAAAUAGUAUUUAAUGGGGAUUUUGAAUUAAUCGGAAAUAUAAGUUUACUGGAACUAUUCGACAAGUUUGUUAAAAAAAAGUUUGAUGUAUUUUACGAUCAAAAGAGCGAUUUGGGAGUAUCCGUAGGCUCGAUUGAUAUUCGUCAAGAUCAUCGUCCAUAUCUUCGAGAAAAGCAUCGUUUAAUUGCUUUACAACAAAUAUUACCGCACUAUUUUAGACACAAUAAAAACUUAAAUUUCGAGGUAGACAUUUCUACAUUAGCUCGAGUUGGACUGUUAGUGAAGAACGAGGCAAGAUUAAUUUUCGUACAUCGAAGUUUUGCAGAAUAUUUUGUGAGUGAUUAUUUAAUCCAUAAUUUGAAUAUGAUCGAAGUCCAAAAAAUUUUGUUCGAGUAUGUAUUUGGCCACAUAGAGUGUUUGCUCGUUUCCUUAUUCCUCGAUCAAUGGUUUGGAAAAGAAAGGCAUGAAAUGAUAUUGCAGGAACUAGUAUUUACAUACAGUUAUAAAUUAAUGUCCGUGCAAAAUACGGAAAUUUUUAUACUAAAUACAUUAUUAAUGGCACUUAAUCAUUUAGCAGUACAUAAAUUCAUUAAUACCCUCAAAUUUAUUUUGAGGGUAUUAUGUCGAUAUCCAGCAUUGUUAGGUCUCCUUUUAAACUUGGGGAAAUAUGAAGAUUUUUUAUUGUUCGAAUUGGUUUUUGAACCAGUUUUAAGAUAUAAAUCUUCAGAAAGGUCUAACAUAUUAAAUGACAUCUUGAUGACUAUUAUUGAUCAAGAUGAUCUUCUGCUGAAACUCUAUACAACAAAAUAUUUGGAUGGAUUUAUUCUUUUUGAUAAAAGAAUACAAGCUGAUAUGACUAUUUUACAAGUUGCUUUACUGACUGAUUCCGAAGACAAUAUAUUUCGGCUGUUAAUGAAUUUUGUACGUUCUAAAAUUCCCAUUCUUCGAAAGAUUCUUUUUCAAAAUGGGAUAAACGAACUAGAGACUUUAUUACAUUUUUGUUGUACGUAUGCUUCCAGAAAACUAGAGUUAAUUUUUGAUUGUUUAAAUUUGUCUGAAACUGUUCAAGGUACCCCGUAUUUUGGUUUAUUGAGUGAUCUUAUUUUGGCGAAGGAUGCACUAGGAAGCACGGCAUUGCAUUGGCUGGCAUAUAGAGAAUGUUCAGACGGUAUUCCGUUUUUUCUCGCCAGCAUAAGCAACUUUUCAGAGGAGGUUUUGACAGAGUUACUGCUGUCUCGGGAUAAGCAGAAGUUAAGUGUUCUAGAUAUAGCAGUGUACAGAAACUACCCCGAAACUAUAACUGUAUUGCUCGAUUUUUUACAGAAUCGGAGAGAAUUUAAUGCAUUGGUUUUUCAAAAUGGCCUGGAAAAUAAUAUCUUAUAUAAAUCGAUACGCCAAGAUAAGACUACUAGUAUGCUAGCAUUGCUUGACUGGUUUGAAUCAACCUGUCUUGAUUCCCAUGAUAUUUUUGUAACGGAGUUGUUAUUAGAAAAACAUCCCCUUGAUGAUAGAACGUCUAUCAGUUUAGCCGCGGCUAGAAAUUCUGGUUCAACUUUGUCCAGCUUACUGGAAUGGAUAAGUAAAAUUAAUGACGAUCGCUAUACAAAGGAAUUCAUACUUCAGCUGUUAUUAUCUCCAGAUCAUGACGGAAAAACUGCUUUGCAUGAAGCUGUAUAUUGGAAAUCGGAGGAUGCAUUAAAAGUUAUUAUGGAAUACGCCAUAAAAAACUUCGACAUCGAAGCUCUAGCAAAAGUCCUGUUAGCGACAGAUACAUUUUAUGAUACACCAAUUGAUUUAGCUGAGAACGAAGAAACAAAAAUAAAUCUACGUCGUGGAUAUGAUAUGAUUAUUUCAACUCUACUUUCAGUAUCAGGGAAGGUGAAUGCAUCCGAUACUGCUUUUGUUUUAUUUCCGGGCUACCUUAACGUUCUGGAAAACUUUGUUAAGAAACAUAUGGAUCACGGUCAGAGAGAAGCUUUGGAUUCAAUUAUCAAGUUAAAAUCUAUGUCGAAUUACGACUAUAAAGAAGUACAAACGUGUAAGAAAAAGCGAAGUACAAAUGUGGAGCCCGGUCAGAGAGACUCUUUGGACUCAGUCAACAAAACACAAGUACAAAAGCAAACCAGCGGAAUUAAACUUAUAACACUUCCUAGGCCAUCGCAAUCGACUUCGGUCUCAGAUGAUGAGGCGAUGGAAAUUAGCGACGAUGAAAUAUAAGAAAUUAAUAACAAUAGAUCGUAUGGUUCUGCCACUGGUUCUGCCUAAACUAAUAAAUAUCUAUCGUGCUGCAUUCGUGAACUCUCAGAUCUUGUAUGGAGUCCAGUUCUGGAGUGUUCCGCCUUUUGCUGACAGUGUUUUCAUAUUUCAAAAACGCAUAUUAAAAAGGGCAAAUGUUUAAAAAUUAGUUAAAAAUGUUUUUUUUAUGAAACCUGUUUUGCAGUCGAGUUUAUUAACGAGUUUAUUAAAUAGGCAACUUUUUUAUACAGGGUGAGUUUCCUACGAUGUUCUCUAUGGGUAUCUCGGAAA